AGAAACGUAUAUAUGGAUGCUCUUCUACCUAAUUAUGUAUUGCACUGCGACUCCAGAGUCUUCACCAUAUACUUAUUAUAUACCACACAAACAACAAACUCAUGCUCCCAUUAAGUUUCACCUCAUAUUCAUAUGCAUAUAAUUGAAUGUUGGAGUUAGCUAGCUAGUUGAGCUCCCCAACAUUGUCAAUCAUAUCAAUGGCUGCUUCAAGUUCAAUCUCUCACAUGCUCAUUCCCUCCCCCAAAACGCACCAACCUAUAAGCUUCCGAUCCAAACUAAACCCAACACCACCACCAUCUCUCCCCCAAAACCAAAAGUCAACAAAACUCAUCGUCCACUCCAAAAGCUCCUUAUCCAUGUCACCAACCACCACCACCAGCGAGCUCCACAGAGAACAACAACAUCAACAAGAACCAGCAGUAGUAAUGCAUCAAACUACAUAUCAUAAGUCAGAGGAACAACAGCAACUCUCCGACGUGUGGCGCGAAAUCCACGGCGAGAAUGAAUGGGCCGGGCUUCUAGACCCCAUGGACAAGACACUACGGCAGGAGCUGAUCCGCUACGGGGAGAUGGCUCAGGCCUGCUACGACGCCUUCGACUUCGACCCUUUCUCUAAGUACUGCGGGAGCUGCCGCUUCACCCGCGGCAACUUCUUCAACUCCCUUGGCAUGAGUGACCACGGCUACACCGUCACGCGCUACCUCUACGCCACCGCCAACAUCGACCUCCCCAAAUUCUUCAAGCAGUCUCGCUGGCCCAAGAUGUGGAGCAAGCACGCCAACUGGGCUGGGUAUGUUGCUGUCUCGGACGACGCCACCUCCCGCCGCCUCGGCCGCAGGGACAUCACCGUGGCAUGGCGCGGCACCGUCACGUACCUUGAGUGGGUGGUGGACCUCAUGGAUUUCCUCAUACCCAUCUCCUCCCAGUCCAUCCCCUGCCCUGAUCAAACAGUUAAGGUGGAAUCUGGGUUCUUGGAGCUUUACACCGACAAAGAACAAGACUGCAGUUACUCCAAGUACUCGGCAAGGGAACAAGUUCUUUCAGAGGUGAAGAGGUUGAUGGAGAUCUACCAUGAUGAGGAGCUCAGCAUCACCAUCACGGGACACAGUUUGGGGAGCGCAUUGGCUAUUUUGAGCGCCUAUGACAUCGCUGAAACAGGGCUAAACAUGAAGAGGGAUAACAGCAUUGUUCCAGUUUCCGUGAUGUCAUUUUCAGGUCCGAGGGUUGGGAAUGCGAGGUUCAAGGAGAGGUUGGAAAUGUUGGGGGUGAAGGUGUUGAGGGUGGUGAAUGUACAUGAUUUGGUGCCCAAAACGCCAGGGUUUCUGUUCAAUGAACAUAGGCCGCUGGCAGUGAUGAAGAUUGCGGAGGCUUUGCCUUGGAGUUAUUCACAUGUUGGGGAAGAGUUGGUGUUAGACCAUAAGAACUCGCCUUUCCUAAAGCCUGAUGCCGAUGCUGUAUGUGCCCAUAACUUGGAGGUUCUUUUGCAUUUAAUUGACGGAUACCACGGAAAGGGGCAGAGGUUCAUCCUAUCAACUGGUAGAGACCCUGCUUUGGUGAACAAGGCCUGUGAUUGCUUAAAAGACCAUUACUUGGUUCCACCACACUGGAGGCAAGAUGAGAAUAAGGGCAUGAUCAGAGGCAAUGAUGGACGCUGGGUGCAGCCUGAACGACCAAAACUUGACGAUCAUCCUGAAGAUAUGCUUCACCAUCUCAGGCAACUAGGUCUCACUUCAUCUGAUAUUUGAAUGAUGAACUGAACAGAGAGUGAUAUAUAUAACAUUGGAACUGGAUUUAUUAAAGACUUUGUGGUGAGGUCGUAAAUGUGAAUGUGAAUGAAGUUAUGAUAAUAAUGUAUAUACUGAGUAGAGAGAUAAAACCACCUAAUAAUGAGAAGUCAAAGAGAUGAUGAUAAACAUAGAAGGAAUUAUGAUGAAAGAAAAUAUAUAUUCACACUGA